AUGUCUGCGACUGGCGAGUUUGAUGGAGAUAUCGCAGAGAGUGCAAGGAUACAUCGACUCGACGAGCAGCGGGAGACGUCCCUGACAUCAGCCACGCCGCCGCCGUUGAGCUACUAUCUACAGCAGCUCGAGUCCUUCGCCAGCCCCGUCCCCGACCUGGCCGCCACCCUCAUGAGCAACCCGGAAGAUGAGAUCCAUACCGAGAACGUCAGCUUCCUCCGCAGCCGGCGGCGGACGUCGACAGAACUCUCGCCGUCUCGGGCUCGUACUCGCAGACGACAGCUAGGAGGAGGAGGAGCAGGAGCAGCAGGAGGCGGCGGUGGUAGCGGUGGUGGUGGUGGCGGCGCCGGGCUGGGGGAUUCAUCGCAUGAUUCCUUUGAUUUUGGUGUCGACCAGCACUUGCCCCGAUCGCAUCAGCAGUACUCGUCCGGACACAGCCAGCGGAUACCAAUCGUUCGCCGACGGGGGGCCAUGAAUAUGAAUCACGGACCGGCAUACGAAGGCCCGCCGCAGCAGUCGAACCGGAUAUACAGCUGGGCUCCGUCGCCGGACGAGGAAGGCCUCUUUACACGCAACGAUCCGCUGCAUCCCCGCGACGAGAUGUGGUUCGGUAGAUCUGCUCCGAGAGACGAAGACGAUUCAUUUUGGAGUCACUUGCCCAGAGAGCUGAGAGCGACGGUACCACCGGCCUCUGAAUCGUCGCCAGAGGAACAGGACGCAGGACGCGCGGUGGGGGUGCCUACGUUGCCGUUGGGACGAGAUAACCCGGCCUUGGUUACUGCUGCUCUCCUACAGUCCGUCAGACGCCAUCAUAGGUAUUCGCCGAGAGCGCGAGCCAUGCAGAAUCAUACACAGCAGGACGGUGAAAGGACCAGGCCGGAUGGCACCCGAGAUAGAACCAGCAAUCCGGUCUCAAAUAACGACGACUACGCCUCUGCCUCCGCCUCCGCAUCCGCCUCUACCUCAUUUUCAAAUCAUACAAGACGAUUAAGCCCCCGUUUACCACCACCUGCUCGAGUUGACACAUCAAGAAAUUCCGAUAUCCGGCGCAUGUACCUGAAAGAUCCCUCUGUUGACCGUCUAAAGGAAACCAUCCAAUACCUUGACCGCGUUCGUUUUUCAAGUUCAUACGAAGAGAGCCUCUCCACCGCAGCAGCCGGAGGGUUCGUACAAUUUGAAUACUUCCUCCGCAAUGAAGACGACUUCAUACUCAAUACAGGCUCGAUCGCAGGCCCCGGCCACUGCUCCUGGCUGAGUCCCGGCACCGUAUUCUCCGGCCAGCAGCAGGCGUCCGCCUCGACGGCAAUGCUACCGCAUCGACUCCUGGGGACCAGUAGGCCAACGGAGCCCGUUGCAGUUCCAGGAAUUGAGAAUCGGAUUAGUGUCUACACUAGUAGCGGUCGUAGUUAUUGGGCAACCAACGUCAUGGGAAACAAUAACGGCAACCCAGACCCUACUGAGCCUACAAAGACAGAGAGCUGGCCUGUCAAAGUAACGAUCCACCACGUCGACUAUAAUACCAUGACGCUAUCGGGGACCAUGGAAGCGUAUAACAUACCAGACAAGUCAGCAAACAACCAAGGUGCACACAUCAUUACCUUUUUAGAAGGCGAGAUUAUCGAUUUCAACACUCAUACGCUGGAAACGAAGAAUUUCAACGCUGGACCUGAAGUUGAUAGCUGCUAUUGGAGGGAGCUGGAGCCGUUUAAGAACCUGACGUAUGACGAGAUCGUGAAGAACCUCGUGAGCAAGAAAUGGGUUACGGAGAAGUUAUCCAAGGGAUGGAUAUUGAUGAGAUGGAAGGAGCGGUGUUUUGUCUCUCCCUCUCAUUCACGCCAGGGACUUACCAUAUCUGGCUUCUACUAUAUCUCGGUCCAUCGCGAAACUGGCCACAUCGAAGGGAUGUAUUACGAUCCCGGAAGCUCUCCUUACCAGCAACUCUCCCUAGACCCGAUACUGAAAGAUAAAAUGUCUCAUCUAUUGUUCAACCUCGAUUAG